AUGACAGCAGAGCUGGAUGAGGGGGAGAUGGGCGGGGAGGAAGCCCGCCAGCGGCGAAGAGAGAAAGCCCAGCCUCCGCCGGCGUUCCAGGCGACCGGGCCGACCUCCCAGAGGGGCUGGGCGGCCACCGACGGAGCGGCCCCGCCGGUCCCGCGCGCGCGAGGCUCCUGGAGACAGGUAGGAGGCGAAGGAACAGGACCCGUGGGCCCGGGGCGGCUCACCUCCAGGCUGCUGCAGGAAUUUGCCCGCCCCCCACCCCCCAACCCGGCUGCCGGGGAGAGCAGUGUCGGAGGAAGUGGGGGUCCUGGGAGGAGACCUGCCUCCGGCUCGUCGCUGGGGCGGAGCCCGCUCCGCGCCGCGGCCCUCGCGCCGGGAUAG